CCCUGAGGGUCUUUAGAUUCUGGGAAAUGUCUGAUUGGCAGAUGUUAAAAGGGAUUCUUUGGUAAUCCAGUGCAUCAAUGAGCUGCACAAAUUCAGUCCAGAGCUGCAAGAAUUCAGGCAUGAGGACACAGUGCAGGAGGCUUGCACAGGCAGACCGGAGAUGGACAGAACCUUGGAAUCUCUGAGGCACAUCAUUGCCCAAGCCUUGCCUCACAGAGACCCGGCUUUGGUCUUCAAAGACUUGAAUGUUGUGUCAAUGUUGCAAGAAUUUUGGGAAAGCAAGCAGCAGCAAAGAGCCACGUGUUCCAGUGAAGGUCUGGUGGUCUAUGAGUCAAUGCCCUCCUCCGGGCCUCCCUUUGUGAGCUACGUGACUCUCCCUGGAGGGAGCUGCUUUGGCAACUUUCAGUGCUGCUUAAGCAGAGCUGAGGCCAGGCGGGAUGCCGCUAAAGUGGCACUCAUCAACUCUCUCUUCAACGAGCUGCCUUCCCGAAGGAUCACCAAGGAGUUCAUCAUGAAGAGUGUUCAGGAAGCAGUAGCCUCCACCAGUGGCACUCUAGAUGACGCGGAUGACCCCAGCACAAGCGUGGGAGCCUAUCACUACAUGCUGGAAUCAAACCUGGGCAAGACGAUGCUGGAAUUCCAGGAACUGAUGACCAUUUUCCAACUACUACACUGGAAUGGAAGCCUGAAAGCCCUCCGUGAAACAAAGUGCUCUCGACAGGAAGUCAUCUCCUAUUAUUCCCAAUAUUCUUUAGAUGAAAAGAUGCGCAGCCACAUGGCCCUGGACUGGAUCAUGAAGGAGCGUGAAUCACCAGGAAUUCUCUCUCAAGAGCUACGUGAAGCCCUGGGGCAGCUGGAGGAAGCCAGGAAGGCAGGACAAGAACUACGAUUUUACAAAGAAAAAAAAGAAAUCUUGAGCUUGGCUCUGACUCAAAUCUAUGACCCUGACCCUUCCUCACCCAGUGAUGACCAGCUGAGCCUCACAGCUCUGUGUGGCUAUCAUUAGCAAGGGCAGGUCUCAGGUUUCCUGAGGACUUUCAUAUCAGGAAUCUCCUUGACAGAGGUUGUCAGAGACAUUAGCAUGAUAGUCACUACCUGAAGGCUGUACUUCCUCCUACAUUUUUCGUUCACAGAA